AUGGGGCGUCUCGGGGCACUAUUCUUCCUGCUGGGGGUCCUGGGGGCUCUCGCUGAGCACUGCCAAAUGCCAGAGGUGGACAGUAAGCUGGUGGAGAUGCUGGGCCAACGCCUUUUGCCCUGGAUGGAGCAGCUCUCCCCAGAGCAGCUGAACCCCAGCAUCUAUGUGGGCCUGCGCCUCUCCAGUGUGCAGGCUGCGGCCAAGGAGUCCUUCUACCUGCACAGCCUCAAGGUCCACUACCAGCACAGCCUCCUGGGGUCUGCCUCCAGUGACAGUGGUGACGACAGUGACUUCCCGGCCAAGCCCUCCAUGGGCCAGCUGGCCCUCUACCUGCUUGCUCUCAGAGCCAACUGCGAGUUCAUUAGGGGCCACAAAGGGGACAGGCUGGUCUCACAGCUCAAGGGGUUCCUGGAGGAUGAGAAGAGGGCCAUUGGUGAGGGACACAAGGAGCACCCCAACACCAGCUACUACCAGUAUGGCCUGGCCAUCCUGGCCCUGUGUGUCCACCAGAAGCGAGUCCAUAACAGUGUGGUGGGCAAGCUUCUACACAUGGUGGAACAUGACCAGGCCCACCUCUCUGUGGACACAGCAGCCAUGGCAGGCUUGGCCUUCACCUGUCUAAAACGCUCCAACUUCAACCCCGAGAAGAAAGAGCAGGUCACGCAGGCCAUCAGGAUGGUGCGGGAGAAGGUCCUGAGGGCUCAGACACCCGAGGGCUUCUUCGGGAAUAUCUACAGCACUCCACUGGCGCUGCAGUGGCUGAUGACCUCCUCCAUGCACGGGAGGAGGCUGGGUACAGCGUGCCACAAGGCAGGGGCUGCGCUGCUGGCCAGUCUCCAGGAAGGGGCCUUCGAGAAUGCUCUCAUGAUUUCCCAACUGCUGCCCACCCUGAACCACAAGAGCUACGUGGACCUUAUCUCCCCAGAUUGCCAGGCACCAAGAGCCACGUUGGAACAAGAUACUGAGACCCUUCCACAGACUCAAGUCCCAGAGGUCAUCAGGGUCACGCUGAAGGUCUCUAGCAUUGAGCCACCAUACCAGGAAUCCAUCCCUGUCCCUGCUGGGUCCUCCUUAGAGGAUGUCCUAAAGAAGGCCCAGAAGCUGGGAAGAUUCACGUAUGAAACGCAGGUCUCCUUGUUGGGCCCCUACGUGACCUCCGUGAUGGGAAAACGGACUCAGGAACAGGAGUUCUGGCAGUUCCUCCAAGUCCCUGACACCCCUCUAUUGCAAGGAAUUGCUGACUACAGGCCCAAGAAUGGAGAAACCAUUGAGUUGAGGCUGGUUAGCUGGUAG